UUUUCUCAUCUUUCUUGGCUUUAAAUUAUCACAAGUAAAGUAGUACUUAUUAAGUUUUCAAGUAAGAAAAAAUGGGAUUUAAAGCAUUUGUAGUUCUAAGCUUUGCUUUGGCUAUUUUUGUGUUUAUAACCUCAGAUGUUGCAGCUAGGGAGUUGGCUGAGAGCUCCACCAAUUCUUUGGAAAUCUCAAAGGAAUCCGAGAAGAAAAAUGAGGUAAAUGACGCCAAGUAUCCAGGAGGAGGAUAUGGAGGGUACCCUGGAGGCGGUUAUGGAGGGUACCCCGGAGGUGGGUACCGAGGGUACCCUGGAGGCGGGUAUGGUGGGUACCCUGGUGGUGGACGUGGACGUGGACGUGGAGGUUAUGGAGGCGAAUAUUGCCGUUAUGGUUGUUGCGGCCGCCGCGAUUACAAUGGCUGCAGGAGGUGCUGCUACGACAAAGGUGAAGCCCUGGUCACUGAAGCUAAGCCUCACAACUAAUUACUAUGGAAUAUGAAGAUUCAAUGGUGGCUAUAUAUUGUGUUUUUUUAGUAAUAGUUUUGGUGUUGGAAGUAUGAAUAAAUGUAUCUUUUUCAUUUGCCUGUACUGUUCAUCUAUAUAUUUGAGUGUAAUUGUUGAAACAUAAUUAUAAUUAAUUAACUUA